UCUUUUUCUCACUCGUUCUCUUCCCCCAAUCCCCAUCGACCCUUCGACCCAUUGAUGAAAACGAGUGAUUUUGCCCAACCACAGAAAAAAAAACGAAGGUUCGGUAUUGGGAUUUUACUUGUGAACGAUUUCGUGCCUCGAGGUCGAGGUGGAGCCGUCGAGCUCGAUCGACCCUGUAAGGGAAUCGAACUUGUCGUCGAAAGAAGCUUCCUUUUCUCUCUCUCCCGUGCCUUCGACGAAAAAAGAAUUAAAAAGAGAGGUCACGAUUUUCCUCUCCUGGGCUGUCCUCCGUCUUUAGAAGAAGAGAGCGAGAGAUUUGAACCAAAGGAAAAGCUUUAAAUGCUAGUUAGGUUAUGUGGUUUCUUUCUUCAAUCUUCUCUUAACAACUAAGUAUCGCUCCUUGCGCGUUAUAUCUAUUUAUAUAUAUAUAUAUAUAUAUAUGGUUUCGACCAAUAAAUACCUCUUAUAAACCGUAUAUUUGAUUAUUGGAGAAUCAAAAAUGGAGUUUUACGCCUACCCAUCUGCUUCCCCUCGGCCAUCUUCCCCUUUUCCUUCUCCUUCUCCUUCUUCUGUUUCUUCUUCUCCAUCUUCUUCUUCUCCCUCGUCUUCGUUAUCAUCACUGGGGAUCUGGGUUGAAAGAGUAAGAGGGGUUUGCCGCUCUGUGGCUUCCGCGAUUCUCAGCAACCUUCUUUCUGCAAUUUUGACCUUCUUUUUCGCAUUAGUGGGUUCCUUUUUAGGAGCAGUGACUGGAGCUUUGAUAGGCCAAGAAACUGAGAGUGGCUUCUUCCGUGGAGCCGCGGUUGGUGCCAUCUCUGGAGCUGUUUUCUCAAUUGAGGUCUUUGAAUCUUCUCUUCUUCUUUGGCACUCUGACGAUUCAGGACUUGGGUGUCUCCUAUACUUGAUUGAUGUUAUUGCAAGCCUUUUGAGUGGAAGACUUGUUCGGGAGCGGAUUGGCCCAGCGAUGCUAAGUGCAGUUCAGAGUCAGAUGGGUGAAACUAGCUUCGAAGAUAUCACAAGCAUCUUCGAAACAGGUGGAACCAAAGGAUUGUCGGGAGAUUCAGUUCAGAAAAUUCCAAAGAUCAAAAUCACAAGCUUGAACAAUGAGGAUGCAUCUGGGGAGAGGGUCUCCUGUUCAGUAUGCCUUCAGGAUUUUCAGCUUGGAGAGACAGUUCGAAGUUUGCCUCACUGUCACCACAUGUUCCAUCUACCCUGCAUCGAUGAGUGGCUUAUCAGGCAUGGUUCUUGUCCAUUAUGCAGAAGGGAUAUGUAAUGCUCCUACUGUGAAUUACAAGAUGAAGAGUUCUUUUGAUUUUUUUUUUUUUUUAUUUCAUUUGUUUUUGUAUUUUUAUUUAGGUUUUACACCCAUACAAUUUUCUCACUUCACUGCCUUCAAUGUAACAUUUCCACCUCGUUUAUAAGAAAGCUUCAGAAUAGAAAACACAAACAGCCACAGUUGUUGCCAUAUAUAUAUAUAUAUAUAUAGAUAUGGUUGUGUUCUUCCCUGUUCACUACCCUGUUUCUUGUACAUUCAGAAUGAUGUAAAUACUUUUCUCUAUUUUCUGCUUUAUGACUUCUAAAAUUGGCCUUU